UACAGUAUUUCUGACCUGUGUUGAAUGUGUUUACAUAAUCUGUACCCAUUUCUCCAUGUCUCUUUCCUGACAUUUAAUUAUCUGAUUAAAGGUUUUCUCCCUCCCUCCCCCAGUGGCCGGGUGCACCCGUUGCUCGGGCGUUUCAGUGAGCUGGGAGCCCUGCUGUCUAGACUGAGGUUGCAGUCAGGUAGUGUGGAUGCUGUUCUUCUGGAUGCUGGCUGCUCCUCCAUGCAGAUGGACUGUCCCGAGAGAGGCUUCUCCCUCAGUAAGGAUGGCCCUCUGGACAUGAGGAUGGAUGCAGAAAGGUACCCCGACAUGCCCUGCGCCGCUGACGUUGUGAACGCCUUAGAUCAACAGGCUCUUGCGUCCAUCCUCACUGCCUAUGGGGAGGAGAGGCACGCCAGGAAAAUAGCCUCGGCMAUGGUGGAGGCACGCAGUGUCUACCCCAUCACCCGGACACAGCAGCUGGCCAGCGUGGUGGCAGGAUCUUUGCCAGCAAGCGCUCUCUAUGCCCGCAAAGAUCGGCUUCAGCGGCCCUCACACGUUGCCACCAAGACAUUUCAGGCGCUGCGUAUGUUUGUCAAUGAUGAGCUGAAUGAACUGCAUGCUGGACUCUGCACUGCUCAGACAAUGCUUAAACCUGGCGGCCGCCUCUGUGUGCUGACCUUCCAUUCACUAGAGGACCGCUUGGUAAAGCGUUUUCUCCAUGGAGAGGAUGUAGGUGCCCCACCCCGUCGGAGUCUCCGUCAGAGAGUCCAGCGAUGGGAGGAAGAGGAGGAAGAAGAGAAGGAUGGGGAAAAGGACAGUGGUCACUGGGUUGACCUCCAGAGAGGGGUGCUGAUGCCACAGGCAGAAGAUGUACUGGAGAAUCCACGGGGACGCUCAGCCAAACUCAGGGCAGCAUUCAAACAAUAACCCUCUGGAACUUGGCCUCCACCUGCACCAAUUAAAUCUUCCUUGUUUUUUAACUAGACUACAGAACCACCAGGCUGGUCUUCGUCAGACACGAGCAUACUGAUCAUAUCCAGGCACUGGUGUCGGUCGGGUGACAUACAGAACAAGUGCCUUGUUAAUGGUGGAACUCUGAGGCUGACUGGUAUUUAACUGCCAUGCACUAAUAGUCAACAAUCCAUGUAGGCAUGUGCUCUUUAGUUCGUAGUAUACUGUGUGUUGGCACUGAGUAUUUAUUUCAUUUAGUUUAAGUGACUUGUGUACACUACUUGAAGUAUAGGAAACACAAUUGUGCUGAGUUGAAGAUAUCAAAGGUUAAGACAAGGAUUCUAAUAUCCCAUAACUCUUUGCAUAAAUGAGAAAGAAUUAGAAAACAAAGGGGCCAGCUAUGCUAGUUAGCAACGACGCUGGUCCCAUGAAUCUGUUUAUUUUUCGAAAUAUUCUAAUCUGGGUAUCUUCAACCUUGGCUGAAGCCGGGUUUGUUCAACCUAGGCUGAAGCCGGAGAUAUGGAAGACAAAAAGUCUCUCUCUCACUCACUCACUCAAUUUGUACUGCAUUACUUUAUGGCUGAGCUGACACAGUUGCAUACAGUAACAGUUCUGUUUUGAAUUCUGAGUUUCCUCAGUUCUCCCCGUUGGCUGAACCCAUAAUGUCUUUGCUCUUUUGACUAAUUAAUUAAUCAGAACAAUGUUGCCUCCAACCGACUGAUGAGUAUCCAGAUCAACGGAUGUAGGCACUAACCUCCCUCACUGA